AUUUAUUAUUAAAAAAAAACAUGAAAGACAUAAAUAAUAUUGAAACCUUAAAUGAUAUGUUUAUGAAAGAUGAUGAUGAAUUAUCAUUGUUGUCGGUGGAUACGGAAUUUUCAUUUUUCGCAACAUCGAAUCAUACAUCAACAAAUUCGAAUUCUCUUACAUCGAUCACAACGCAUGGGAUAAAUGAACAAAUGGAUAACAUUGAAUUACAUAUAUUUAAAUUAAAUGAUCCAUCAAUUAUCAAUAUGAUGGAAAAACAAUUAUGUAAAGUGAAUGGUAUAGAAAAUGUUGAAAUUAAUUUUGCAACAGGAAAUGCUCUAAUAAAAUAUGAUAAAAAUUUAUUAGGAACAAGAGAUAUAAUAGAAAAAGUUGAAUGUUUGGGAUUAAAAUGUAAAUUCAUUAAUAAUGUUAAAUUAAAUCAAUUGGAAUAUUUUACUAGAAGAAAAAGUAUUUUAAAAUGGAGGA